CCGUGAUUCGUGAAUCGUGAUUCGUCUUCGUUUGUCGUCGAGUGUUGAUGGUUGAAGUGGUAUGUAAAAUUAUCCCCGGCUUUUGUCUAAAAUCGGGAUAAUUGCAAUUAAGUAGAACAAGUAUUACUUUAAAGCAAACACAUAUCAUGCAGAGUGUAAUAAACACUGUGAAGGGUACAGCCCUGGGAGUUGCGGGAUAUUUGACUCCGGUCCUGAAGGAAUCAAAGUUCCAAGAAACAGGCGUCCUCACUCCUGAGGAGUUUGUAGCAGCUGGAGAUCAUCUAGUGCACCACUGUCCUACUUGGCAAUGGGCAAAGGGUGAGGAAGGCAAAAUUAAGCCUUAUUUACCAGCCGAUAAACAGUUUCUAAUCACAAGAAAUGUGCCUUGCUAUAGAAGAUGUAAACAGAUAGAGUAUUGUGAAGACCAUGAGAAGAUAAUAGAAGAUGAGCAAGAUGAAGAUGGGGGCUGGGUUGACACACACCAUUAUGAUUCUGCUGGCUCACCUACUAUCGAGGAAAAGGUGUGUGAAAUGACCUUAGAGGCAGCCGAGACAGGUGACAGUGAUGAAGCAGCAGGGGACCCUGAUGACGACGAUGAUGAUGGCGAGGAUGGCGAGGCAGAGGAUAUGGAAUUAUUUCAGGAAUCAGGACUACUGGAUGAGGUGGAUCCAUCGACAGCCCUAAGCAGUAAAAAGCCCACCGAAGAAGGAUCGCGGCGAGCGGCUUCCGGCAGUGGAGACGAAAUAGUACGUACACGCACCUACGACUUGCAUAUUACGUACGACAAAUAUUAUCAGACGCCAAGAUUGUGGCUCAUCGGAUACAAUGAGGAGCGUAAAUUGUUGAGCGUAUCUCAAAUGUACGAGGACGUAUCUCAAGACCACGCCAAGAAGACGGUUACCAUGGAAACGCACCCUCAUCUCUCGGGGCCUUCGAUGGCGUCUGUCCAUCCUUGCCGACACGCAGAAGUAAUGAAGAAGAUAAUAGAAACGGUGACAGAAAGUGGCGGCGAACUUGGAGUACAUUCCUAUCUCAUUAUCUUUCUCAAAUUUGUACAAACUGUUAUCCCAACCGUUGAAUAUGAUUUUACACAGAAUUUCACUAUUCACUAAUACCUAUGCGCCGGCGUAAAGUAUUCGUACGUGCUUAAAUCGCUUUUCGGCCAGUAUAUCCUACGAACCAUCGACAAAAUGCCAGUAGUUCAUUGUUAUGGGUCAUUUCAAUGUCUUAAUACUACGGCCAGGUGCUAUAUUCACAAAUCAAAUUUUAAAAUGACUGUUUACGCCUACUUAAAGCACCCGUCAUGUGGUGUUUAUGUUGCAGCUAACUAGACUAAUUAGCCGUUCAAUUAAACAGCUUGGCUUUAUUUGACUUAAGCGAUUUAAUUUUAAAAUAAAUAUUUUUUAUGUAACACACUUCAUCUUUUUUAUUUCUGUCAAAUAAUGACUCGAUCGUACGAAUUGCGUUAGGUAACGGUUGAAUAUCUUUUAGGCCGUUAAGUUAAAUUGCUAGGCUGAUAAUUAACGGCAAAUUAAACUAUUUGGCUGCGACAUUUACAAUCUAAAACUAUCUUUCAAUUUAAUCCUAAUUCAUUAAAAUAUAAGAUGUUGUUAAUCCAAUUUUAUUACCGACAAAUAAACAAGGGUAUUCGAUAGUUUCUUCAUUCGUAAUCCGGCUCGAAGGACUAAAAUUUUAAAAAGUUUUUUUAUAUGAAAAUGUCUUGGCUUGGAAAGAUUGACGGAAUGAAUAAUAAAUAUUUGUUUUAAUGCUAUUUUUUAAAGAUAUAGAUAUUGUAAAAAAAAUACAAUUUAUACAUAGCAAUGGUUACAGUAUUUUAGAUACAGCAAUGGACGUAACAGUUGUUUCAAAGUUUGAUUUUAAAAUAAAUAAAAUUGACCUUGAAUAACGGAAGCCAUUGUUUUGUCCUUAUCGCUCUUGUAGCGUUUGUGAAUAAUAAACGUGAUAAGACACUAUUUGAUGAGACUUUUUUAAUAAGGCCGACGUAUUUGCAUCAAAUUUAAAUAUUUUGGACCCUGUUUUGUUUAAAGCACAAUUAUGUUUUUAUCGUCGUAAUAGAAAGAAAUAUGUGAUACUAAAUAAAUGGAAUAUUUUAAAACAAAGCCAAUGAUGUUGCAUUUCUAAAAUAAUUUAGCUAAAGUAAUCCCUCCCCCAACCCCCUUUUCGCGUUUUCAUAUAAUGCGGAGAUUUCUGUUGUGUUAAAUUUGUAAAGUCCAUCAUUAGUUUUGCGUAUCUUUGCACCUACUUCAGUUGUAUUAUAAUCAACUAAUUAACUUUACUAAAUUUGUGUUCCUAGUUUUUCUAUUCUUGUUAAAAAAGCGGUUUUAUCAGAAUACGUGAUUUCCUUCAUAUCCAUGUAACUAACGUACAAAAGUGCCAAUCUCAAUAAUUAAACACUCAAUGCGUUUAUACAAGUGAAUCAAAAUGUUAGAAAUUUUUUUAAGACUCGGGUUUUUAAUUAUUGAGAAUGAAAGGUUAAGGUAGCGUUUUAUGGACUUUUAUGUCCUUUAAGAAAAGUCCGUACCAAUUGUUAAAAAGCCGGCAACGCACUUGCGAGCCUUCUAGCAAUGUAAGCGUUCAUGGGCGGCGGUAUCCGGUCAGGUAGCAGGAAAAUAAGCUAUAACAAAAUAUUCAUGAAAUGAUUGUAUACUGUUAUGAAUAAAAUUUAAUUAUUUUUACUGAAUUGUCGCUAUUUUGUAUGGAUAAACAAGGAGUGAGUCCUCGGACGCAUAGGACAUUCGAGUGGAAGAGGAUUAGGCGCAAGGGUACAAUAAGCGUAAUGGAACAAUGAGUCAUGCUUUUUUUUGUGCGUGCAGCUGGCGUUCAUCGAUUUAUUAGACGUCACGUCAAAAAUAUAAUUCAUACUGCACAGCAAUUUAAUACAAAUUAAUUACUAAAAUUCUUCUAAAUUUUGAAUUAAUAUGAAAUCAAUAAUUGAUAGUUAUUUUAAUGUAGUAUAUGCCAUAAAUAUUUGUAAAUAUGGAUCUCACGCUUAGAUCAAUUUAUUAUCAAGCUUAUGUACAUGCUUGAUUGUGUUAUUGAAAUAAAUUAUGUUUAUUUUGCGA